AACAGUUACAGAUGUUUAAAAAAACAACAUGUUUUUAAGUACAAAUCUCACAUAAACAUGCAGAUCAUCUUUGAUAUCAGACGAAGAAGAAACUUGAUCAAGUCCAUUUUCCUCAACAAGAGUAGUGGAAUAGGAAACACACUCAGUAUAUCCGAGAUGUAAACCCCAACGGAAAAAUACAUUAUCAUAAAGUAGUCAGAGCAGAAUUCUGUGACUUCGUCCUUUAUAACAUUCAUUUCACUGUUCCAGCAAUCGUUUGUUACAGAAUCAUUAGACUGGAACAAAGAGAAAUGAAACAUGACCAAAUCAUUUUUGCUGAUAUGCAAAUGGGCCUCAUUUGGAUAUCAAAGGCUUUCCACACUCUGCACAUUUAGUUUAUACAUAAAUACUUUGACGGUGCAGCAGCUGAGAAAGUCGUAGACAGUGCUGCAAAAUGGUGAAGAUCACAUUCUACGAGGAAAAUCAUUUCCAGGGCCGCUGCUAUGAGUGCAGCACCGACUGUGCCGACCUGCACUCCUACUUCAGCCGCUGCAACUCGGCGAGGGUGGAGAGCGGGGCCUGGGUGCUUUAUGAGAAACCCAACUACAAGGGCUACCAAUACAUCCUGAGCCCAGGGGAGUACACAGACAACCAGCAAUGGAUGGGAUUCAACGAUAGCGUCAAGUCCUGCCGCGCCAUCAAAAACGUGUAUGGCAACGUGUGGAAGCUGAGGCUGUACGAGAGGCCAGACUUCGGCGGUCAGAUGGUGGAGUGGGCCGAGGACUGCCCCUCGGUCUACGAGGCCUUUAAGUUCCGUGAGGUGUACUCGUGCAUGGUGACCCACGGCGCCUGGGCCUUCUACGAGCUGCCGAACUACAGGGGACGCCAGUACUUCCUGGAACGCCGGGAGUACCCCCGCCACACAGACUGGAGCGCCGCCACUGCCGCCGUGGGCUCCUUCCGCAGGAUCACCGAGUUCUAGGGCCCUUUGACCUUUGAGUGUGGGAUCGAGUUGUUCUCUGGUCUUAUUGAGUCUGUGUGACAUGAUCCAAUAAAAAAAAAAAAACUAUUUGCAAAUGUCUGAAACUCGUUUUGUGAUCUGUUGAGGUGAGAUACAAACAUGUGCAAAAGUUAACAUCAAUGUUCCAUGAGUUUGGUGGUAGGA